AUGUGGCCUACAAGCCUUACGUGCUUCAACACUUCGACACUGCACGCGCCACACCCCGCACCGUGGCACCGCCUCAACGUCACAAUUGCAUCAGGGGCAACAAGCAGAAUGCUGGAGAUUGCGGCGUUGCAGCGCCAGCUCCAGAGGACAUGCGUAAUGCAGGUCCGAAGCCGUGAACAGGGCUGA